AUGAUGCCCACCACCAUCGACGACGCCCACCCACCAUCGACGACGUCCACAUCACCACCAUCGCCUCUUCGCCCACAACCACCACAGCAACAACGAUGUGGCCACGCAACAUGGCAACAACGACGAUGGACGGCAACGACGAUGAUGGGGAAUCAGGUACUUGGUGCCACGUCGCCAACAGCGACGUGGCAACCAAACGAUGAACGACAACAUUGUCGCCGUUCAUCGUUUUUGUAUAUACUUCACCACCACGUCGCCGCCAUCCCACGUCAAGCGUUCACCACCGCAAACCCUGGCCGCCCAAAACCGACAACGACUGCCCAACAAACCACACACAACAGCCGGCAAGCGGCGACCAGGCCUCAACAAGCAACCACCGCCGAAGAACGACCACAACCCAGCACCACCGGCGAAGGAUGA